GGGCGCGCCCGCCUCGGCGGCGCGGGAGGAGGCGGCGCGGAGCAGCGGCGGCGCCCGGGCGGGGAUGGCGUCUCCGGGAGCGCUGGAGCCGGCGGCCGGCACCGUGCCGGGCACCAAGGUGGAGCUCACCGUGUCCUGCCGGAACCUGCUGGACAUGGACACCUUCUCCAAGUCUGACCCAGUGGUGGUCCUCUUCGUGCAGGGCUCGGGGAGCAGCGAGUGGAAGGAGUUCGGGCGCACCGAGGUGAUCGACAACACCCUGAACCCCGACUUUGUCCGCAAGUUCGUCCUCGACUACUAUUUCGAGGAGAAGCAAAACCUCCGCUUCGACGUCUACAACGUGGACUCCAAGAGCUGCUCCAUUUUAAAGCAGAAGGACUUCCUGGGGCAGGCGUUCGUGGCGCUGGGGGAGGUGAUCGGGUCCCAGCGGGGCCGCCUGGAGAGAGCCCUCACGGGGGUCCCAGGGAAGCGGUGUGGAACCAUCCUGUUGCUGGCCGAGGAGCUGAGCAACUGUCGGGAUAUUGUCACGAUGCAGCUGUGUGCCAACAAGCUGGACAAGAAGGACUUCUUUGGAAAAUCCGACCCCUUCCUCGUCUUCUACCGCAGCAACGAGGAUGGCACCUUCACCAUCUGCCAUAAGACGGAGGUGGUGAAGAACACGCUCAACCCGGUGUGGCAGCCCUUCACCAUCCCUGUGCGCGCCCUCUGCAACGGCGACUACGACCGGACAGUGAAGAUAGACGUGUACGACUGGGACAGGGAUGGGAGCCACGACUUCAUUGGGGAGUUUGCCACCAGCUACCGGGAGCUCUCCCGGGCACAGAGCCAGUUUACAGUGUAUGAGGUACUGAACCCCAGGAAGAAAUGCAAGAAGAAGAAAUACGUAAACUCCGGCACCGUGACGCUGCUCUCCUUCUCCGUGGAGUCCGAGUUCACCUUCGUUGACUACAUCCGGGGCGGGACGCAGCUGAAUUUCACCGUCGCCAUCGACUUCACGGCCUCCAACGGGAUGCCAUCGCAGCCCACCUCGCUGCACUACGCGAGCCCCUACCAGCUGAGCGCCUACGCCCUGGCGCUGAAGGCGGUGGGGGAGAUCAUCCAGGACUAUGACAGCGACAAGCUCUUCCCCGCCUACGGCUUCGGUGCCAAACUCCCACCCGACGGCAAGAUCUCCCACCAGUUCCCCCUGAACAACAAUGUGGACAAUCCCAGCUGUGCUGGCAUCGAGGGCGUGCUGGAGUCCUACCUCCAGAGUCUGCGCACCGUCCAGCUCUACGGUCCCACCAACUUCGCCCCUGUCAUCAACCAGGUGGCUGGAACGGCUGCCCAGGUGACCGAUGGCUCGCAGUACCACGUCCUCCUCAUCAUCACCGACGGCGUCAUCUCCGACAUGCUGCAGACCAAAGAAGCCAUCGUCACCGCUUCUGCUUUGCCCAUGUCCAUCAUCAUCGUGGGAGUGGGUCCGGCUGAAUUUGAGGCCAUGGAGGAGCUGGAUGGUGACGAGGUACGGGUGUCUUCCCGGGGACGCUACGCCGAGAGGGACAUCGUACAGUUUGUGCCGUUUCGGGAUUACGUGGACGACUCGGGGAACCAGGUGCUGAGCAUGGCCCGCCUGGCCAAGGACGUGCUGGCAGAGAUCCCCGAGCAGCUGCUCUCCUACAUGAAGACCCGCGACAUCAAGCCUCGCCGGGCAGACCCCCAGUAGCUCCUCCGUGGGCCGUGGGGCCAGCUGGCGGGGCGAGGACACGUGUCACCUUUCUUCCGCCGCUGGUCAGGGUUUAGCCAUGGAGAUGUGUGUGUGUCCCCCCCUCCCCGAGGGCAAUAAUUUGGUGCGUGGGGCCGGGACCCUCUUCUGGCGGGUCCGUGGGGCUGGACGUUCCCAGCCGCCCCUCCUUUUGCCCGGCCAGCGGCAAAGCCCCGGCACAGCGGGGCUGGCGCGGCCCGAAUGAGCCCUCAGCCGCGGCAGCGCGGGCAGGGCCGGCACCGGGGUACAGGCUCUUGGGGGCCCACGGUGUGUGUCCCCCCGCCCCGAGAGGGCAGCCUGGCUCCCUUCCCCGGGGAGGAGGCCAAGCCUGGGGCUGGGUGCAUGCCGGGGGUCCCAGCCCCGCCAGCUCCUUGGGGCAGGGGCCCUCGCCCCGCUCCUGCCUGCACCCCGCUCCUGCCUGCACCUCGCCGCUCGGCCGAGCGCCCCGGUUCUCCGGCUCCGGUGCCCCGGUGCUGGCCGGCCUGCCCGCCCCACAGCCGGGGGGGGUGCCGGGGUGGGAGGGCGGGCGCGGUCUGUACCCCAUUACCGACUGUAAAUAAACCUCUCCA